AUGCCUCAUAAGGAUGCUGACCACCCCGUGGUCAAGCGCCAGAAGACUGCGGCGCCCGCCAAUGCUUUAAAAGCUGCUUCAGACUCGUCGAGAAUCUUUGCGCCCUUCCGUACUGUCGGUCUAGUAUCACCUACGAGUGUCCCCUUCACAUCGAUCCCUCUCGGGAAGACCACCUUUCAAAUCUCAACCUCAGUUGGCCGAUCUAUUCAGACCUACGAUCUUCGUCGCGGAUUGAACCUCGUCUUCAUCACUCGCCCGCAAACCCCCGCCGACAUCACUGCGACUCUCGCCUGGAAGGAAAAGAUUUUCGCAGCAUGGGGCGAAUCAAAGAAGGGCGAAUCUCAGGGUAUCUGGGUGUUCCAGAGGGGCAAGAAGGUCGAUGAGCUUGCGCUGCCCUCAGACCUCAACGAGCCUGUAAAGCAAAUUCUUAUCCUGGGAAUAUGGACUAUCGUCGCUGCUACUACGCGAAUCGAAGUUUUCAAGACGGCCACCCUGGAGCACUACACCACUAUUCACACUACGCCUGCUAACAACCGCGGCAACGAAAUAACUGGCGGCAUUGUUUCUAUGCCAACUUUCCUCAACAAGAUCUUCGUGGGUCGCAAAGAUGGCUGGGUCGAGAUCUGGAACAUCAGCACCGGCAAGCUCAUUUACACUAUUCUUCCUCCGGCUCCCGACUGCGGUUCUGUAACAUGCCUAGAACCUAGCCCUGCUCUGUCUCUUCUGGCUAUCGCAUAUUCUGAAGGAACUCUCAUUAUCACGAAUGUUUUAACCGAUAAGGUCACUCUUCGCAUCGAGGCUGGAAGCUCAGAGGCGCAGGUCAACUCAAUUUCUUUCCGGACUGACGGUAUGGGAGCGGGUAAUGAUGGACGAAAGGAUGGUGUUAUGGCUACGGCGACAGCUGCUACUGGUGAUGUCACAUUCUGGGAUUUGAACGGCGGUGGUCGUGUUAUGGGUGUCUUGCGAAGCGCUCAUAACCCUCCUUCUUACGAUGGACCGCUUGUCCGUGGUGGAAUUAGCAAAAUUGAGUUUCUCCCCGGACAACCAGUGGUGGUGACCAGUGGUCGCGAUAACUCUCUCAAGUCCUGGAUCUUCGACGAGACGCCUUUCUCUCCUAUCCCUCGAAUUCUCCACUCUCGCAGCGGCCAUGCUGGUCCUGUCAACUGCCUCGAAUUCCUUCCUACCGACUUUGAUGGUGCCGAUGCCGGUAACAAGUGGUUGCUCAGUGGUGGACAAGAUCGAAGCCUCUGGGGAUGGAGUCUGCGCCGUGAUGGUCAGAGCACAGAGUUGAGUCAGGGCAACAUUCGCAAGAAGGCCAAGAAGAUUGGCAUUCUAGCCACAAACGCUCUAUCACAUGGACCUACAACAACCCUGGAGGACCUCAAGGCCCCUGAGAUUACUUGUAUGGCAUCCUCAUUGAACCGAGAUGGUGGCAUUGGUGCUAUGCCCGGCAACCAGCCUAUAUGGCAAAAGUCUCGAGACAGGAAGAAGGCCCAGGAUGCUGAAGUCAGUGGUAUGACUGGUUGGGAGAGUGUCGUCACCGCUCACAAGAACGAUCCCUAUGCCAGGACAUGGUUCUGGGGCCGAAAGCGAGCUGGUAGAUGGGCGUUCCCUACCGGAGAUGAGACCAACGUUUCUACCGUUGCUAUCAGCCCCUGUGGUACCUUUGCGCUCGUUGGUGCUGAAUCUGGUGGCAUUGAUAUGUACAACCUUCAGUCAGGAAAUCAUCGCCAACGAUUCCCUUCAAGAUUGACACCAGGUCAAGCUCGUCAGCUCAAGAUGCAGCAACUACGACAGGCGGACGAUAUCGUACAAAUGCAUGCCGAGGCUACUCGCCAGUUCCCAGUUGGUACCGGAAAGCAUACUAAGCGUAUUACUGGCCUUGUUGUCGAUUCCAUGAACAAGAACGUGGUGUCUUGCUCUCUGGAUGGCAAGAUCAAAUUCUGGGACUUCUUGACUGGAAACCUAUUAGAGCAGAUUGACUGGGCACCUAUGACAUUCCCAACAGGAUGCAGAUACCACCCUGCGAGCAAUCUCCUUGCUUUCUCAUGCGACGAUCUGUCAAUUCGAGUGGUGGAUAUGGAGACAAAGAGAACCAUUCGUGAGUUCUGGGGACCUCAAGGUGCCAUCAACGAUUUCUGCUUCUCCAACGAUGGACGAUGGAUCAUCGCUGCUUCUCAAGAUCGUGUCAUUCGUGUAUGGGAUCUUCCGACGAGUCACUUGAUCGAUGCUAUCAGACUCGAGAAGCCUUGUAAGGCACUGGCAAUGUCUGUUACUGGCGAAUACUUGGCUGCAACAAUCGAGAACGAGUUGGGAGUAACGCUCUGGACCAACAAGGCCCUGUUCAAGCAUGUUCCCACGCGUCAAAUCUCCGAGAAGGAGAUUGGCCAAGUCUCUGCUCCUACAGUGUCCGGCGAGAACAGCCAUGGUAUGCUGGAGGGUGCGUUUGAGGAGGAGCAAGCUGAGGACGAGGAUACUGUGGUGGCACCAACGAUUGAACAGCUCAGCUCUGAGCUCACAACGCUGUCAUUGGUUCCCAAGAGCCGCUGGCAAACAUUGCUGCACCUGGAUCUUAUCAAGGAGCGAAAUAAGCCCACCGAGGCCCCCAAGGCCCCCGAGAAGGCCCCAUUCUUCUUGCCUUCGACGACAGGAAAGGAGAACCCUAUGGCUUCUAAGCUCCAGAGUGAGAGCGAGGCAGAGAGCAGCUCUCGCAUCACAAGAGUCGAGAAGGCUCGUUUUGAGGAGGUUCUCAGCACCAAGCUCCGUGCUGGAGCAGAGACCGGAAGUUAUGAUGAGUUCAUUGAGCAUCUCAAGUCCCUCUCCCCUUCAAGCGCAGAUCUCGAACUUCGCUCGCUUUCUAUCGGCGAUGGCGAUGAGGACUCGAAUGAACUGUUACACUUUAUCCGCGCUUUGACGGCUCGUCUCAAGACUCGUCGAGACUAUGAGCUUACUCAGGCGUGGAUGACCGUGUUUCUGCGAUUACACUUUGAUCUGGUGAUGGAGAACCAGGAUCUGUUGGCGGCGUUGAGCGAGUGGAAGUCAUAUCAAGAGAAGGAGUGCAACCGGUUGGACGGACUGGUUGGAUACUGCAGUGGUGUAGUUAGCUUCCUGAGGAGUCCAAGGACAUAA